AUGGGAGAACUCCCAAUAUUUACUUGUCAGGCUCAUGUAUUUACAAUCAAUCCCCAAACAAAGAAAUCAUGGAUUCCAUCAAGCACUAAGGCAGUCGAUGUUAACUUCUUUUAUGAUUCAAACAAACACUGCUACCGCAUUAUCAGUGUUGAAGAUUCCUCUGGUUCUAAAAAGGUUAUUAUCAAUAGCACAUUAACAGAGAAGAUGACUUUUAAAAAAACUUCACAAAAAUUUGGACAAUGGGCUGACUCUAAAACCGGUGGAGUGCAUGGUUUAGGCUUUAGCUCUGAAACAGAUUUGACUUUGUUUGUUAAUCAAUUCAAGCAAUGCGUUGACUCUAUGAAAAAUCAAGUUCAAACAGAAUCAAAUGGUUCAUCAGGUGUUCGCGUUCCGUCAGACUCACUCAACUUAUCAUCAGAUGGUUUACCAGUUCCUAUACAAAAUGGUCAAAUCCAUUCAUCUCCUGGUGGUGGUACUGUAGGCAAUCAAUCGACAGCAACAUUAACGUCUACAUGUUUAAACAGUAUUACUCAUAACGCUCUACAAAAUUUACCCAGUCCACAACAGCACCUGAAUUCUAAUUCACUGUCAGCUGCAUCAGGUACUUUAGUAGUUACGAGCACACCAACAACACCACCAAUCACAGCCAAUACAACAAUUCUUCCCGCACAAGGUGACAUCUAUUCUAAUCAUCAGUCUGUACAAAAUCAGCUUAAAUUAGCUCAAGCACAUGUAAAACGAUUGGAAGCAGAGAUUAGUCAUCUUAAGCGUUAUGCAAUGCCUACGAUGGGUGGUUCCAUGAACGGUGGAUCAGCUUAUCCUACGAAUUAUCCCAAUAUCGAGUCAGGAAUAUCCAUGGAUUCUGCUGAUGUUCCGGAUCUACGAUGUGGUAUUUCUCGUCUUGAGUUAGACGGAUCCAAUGGUGGUUGCAGCAGUUUACUUAACAGUAACGGUGAAUGGGUCAACGAGCUAAGUAUCAAUAAUAAGCCAAAACCAGUUGGAACUAUCCACCCUUCAUUAGUACACGGAAAUCAGAAUCGAUCCGCUUGGACAGAUCGUGCAUCACAGGAUACUAUCCGAUCACUGCAUACACGUCUUGGAAUUGUAUUAAAAGAUGCCUUAGAAAUUCAUAAUCGCCUUGGAUCACUUUUGUCUUCACCGUCUAUAGACUGAGUCUUCUAUCAUCUUCUCUCUAGAUGGUACAAUCAAAUAGCCUUAUUUCCAUUUCACUGUACAUUGUUGUUGUGGUUUUUUUCUCUCCCUAAGGAUGUGUAUGUUGCAUGACUAGGUUUUCCAGUGACCCCAUCCACACUGGGUUUUUUUUUUAAAUUUUCAUCGAGUGGGAGUGUCUCUCCUGUUUCGACAUAGAAGAAUAGUAUAUGAACACAUAUUAUUAGUUGUAUGUGCUGUACAGUUCCGUACUGAAACUUCUCUUGAUGAAAACAAUCAUAUAUAUGAUUUUUGAUUUUACUUCAAGGUGCAUCACUACAAUUCUGUUUCGUCAAGUGAAAUUUCUCCUUUUCUUGUGUCUUCUUAAUACCCCCCCCUUUUUAUCUUUUAAAUAAAUCAUUGUGUUCUUAAUAUCGGGU